AUGACAUUUGGAAAUUAUGUUUUAUUUAAUUUACUUGUUGCUAUUCUUGUUGAAGGAUUUUCUAUACAGAAAAAAUGGGUAAUAAUUCUGAUACUGGAAGUAAUUCAAAUUGAUAUGGAAAAGUUGAUCCAUUCAAAGUUAGAAGAAUUAUUUACAGGUGAUAUUGAUAUUACUGAUAGUUCAUAUGAUUUAAUUAAUGAUGAAACAGAAAGUCAUAAACAAACAAGUCAAGAUAAUAAAAAUACUCGAACUAAAGGUAAUUAA